AUGGCUCAAAAUAACGCUGAUGCAGAGAGUCAAACAAUCAUUCAUAAUGAACAGACACCGCUACUUAAUGACCACCAAUCCGAUCACCAAUCCGACGAAACUGAGCCGGAACCAGAGCCCGAGCAGAAGGUGAGGCGGGCUAGCUGGUAUGUCUGGAGAGCAUUCUGGACUAUCGCUGCGGCCCUGAUUCUUGCUGCUUUCAUCAAAGGCUGGGUAGACUCGGGUGGAGAUGUUGACUUUGAUUUGAAAGCCGCGCUCAAGCGAGCUCUUGGAGGAGGUCUAAGUGGUGCUGCGGCUAUGGUCCUGCAAGUUCUACUUUUGAUGGUAAUGGUGUUUCUAUUCUUCUAUGUUUGA